AUCAUUUGCGCCUCACAGGGAGAAGGCUGGUGAAGUGUCACCAUCGGCUGCGUGUCAUUUAACGUUUUAUGACAAAAAAAUAAACCCUCUCGAUUAUUAUCUGAACCGGGUGCAGCUUCGCCGAGGUGUUCGAUGAAACUUUGCCUUGCGAGGUUACCAUAUGCCCGCUCCACCUGAAAAAAUGAUAUUUUAGGACGACUGUUUCCUGCCCUGUCUCCCCGCCUUAAAGCCAGCUAUUCUGGUUGAAUCAAGCCCAAAAGCGAUUCAUCUUCUGAGGAGACCCGACUGACUGCGCCGAAAUGGGGUAUGGACGGUCGGACAGCUACCGCGUGGCCACCACGCAGGACAAGGAUGAGAAGGAGUCGCCCAAGAAGAAGGGAGGCAAGGAUCUGGAUGACCUCAAGAAGGAAGUUCCCAUAACGGAACACAAAAUGUCUGUUGAGGAGGUUUGCCGGAAAUACAGCACUGAUAUUGUCCAGGGUUUGACCAAUGCCAAGGCAGCAGAGUACCUGGCCAGGGAUGGCCUUAAUGCCCUGACUCCACCCCCCACCACUCCAGAGUGGGUCAAGUUCUGUCGCCAGCUGUUUGGUGGCUUCUCCAUCCUGCUUUGGAUUGGUGCCAUCCUCUGCUUCCUGGCCUACGCCAUCCAGGCUGCCACAGAGGACGAGCCUGCUGGGGAUAACUUGUAUCUGGGUAUCGUGCUGUCAGCUGUCGUCAUCAUCACCGGCUGCUUCUCCUACUUCCAGGAAGCCAAGAGCUCCAAGAUCAUGGAGUCCUUUAAGAACAUGGUCCCUCAGCAAGCACUGGUGAUCCGUGAGGGAGAGAAGAUGCAGAUCAAUGCUGAGCAGGUGGUGGCAGGAGACCUGGUGGAGGUGAAAGGAGGAGACAGGAUCCCUGCUGACCUCCGCAUCAUCUCCUCCCACGGCUGCAAGGUGGACAACUCAUCCCUGACUGGUGAAUCAGAGCCCCAGACCAGGUCACCUGACUGUACCCAUGACAACCCACUGGAAACCCGCAACAUUGCCUUCUUCUCUACCAACUGUGUCGAGGGAACUGCACGUGGCAUCGUUGUGUGUACUGGCGAUCGUACAGUGAUGGGCCGCAUCGCCACUCUCACCUCAGGCCUGGAGACUGGCAAGACACCCAUCGCUAAGGAGAUCGAGCACUUUAUCCACAUCAUCACAGGUGUGGCCGUCUUCCUCGGCGUGACCUUCUUCAUCCUGUCAAUCAUCCUGGGUUACAGCUGGCUGGAGGCCGUCAUCUUCCUCAUUGGUAUCAUUGUUGCCAAUGUACCCGAGGGACUGCUGGCCACGGUCACUGUGUGUCUGACACUGACUGCUAAGCGAAUGGCUCGUAAGAACUGCCUGGUAAAGAACUUGGAGGCUGUGGAAACUCUGGGCUCCACCUCCACCAUCUGCUCUGACAAGACGGGCACUCUGACCCAGAACAGGAUGACCGUGGCACACAUGUGGUUCGACAACCAGAUUCACGAGGCCGACACCACCGAGGACCAGUCUGGCUCCUCCUUUGACAAAAGCUCUACAACAUGGGUGUCUUUGGCCCGCAUUGCUGCUCUGUGCAACCGUGCUGUGUUUAAGGCUGGCCAGGAAUCUUUGCCCAUUCUUAAGCGCGAGGUGGCCGGUGACGCCUCUGAGUCAGCCCUGCUUAAGUGUAUUGAGCUGUCCUGUGGUGCCGUCAAAGCCAUGAGGGACAAGAACAAGAAGGUGGCUGAGAUCCCCUUUAACUCCACCAACAAGUACCAGCUCUCAAUUCACGAAGUUGAGGAUGAAAAUGACAACCGCUACCUGUUGGUGAUGAAGGGAGCUCCAGAGAGAAUCCUCGACCGCUGCUCCACCAUCAUGGUGCAGGGCAAGGAGCAGCCCAUGGACGAUGAGAUGAAAGAGGCUUUCCAGAACGCCUAUCUGGAACUGGGAGGACUGGGAGAGAGAGUACUGGGUUUCUGCCACAUGUUCAUGCCAGAGGACAAGUAUCCCAAAGGUUUUGCCUUCGACACCGAUGAUGUCAACUUCCAGACAGACAACCUUUGCUUCGUAGGUCUCAUGUCCAUGAUUGACCCUCCCCGUGCUGCUGUGCCUGAUGCCGUGGGCAAGUGCCGCUCUGCUGGCAUCAAGGUUAUUAUGGUGACUGGUGACCACCCAAUCACAGCCAAGGCCAUUGCUAAGGGUGUGGGCAUCAUCUCUGAGGGCAACGAGACAGUAGAAGACAUUGCUGCACGCCUCAACAUCCCUGUGAGCCAGGUCAACCCAAGGGAUGCCAAGGCCUGUGUGAUCCACGGUACAGAUCUGAAAGAUCUUAGUCAGGAGCAGAUGGAUGACAUUUUGAGGAACCACACAGAGAUCGUCUUUGCCAGAACCUCCCCACAGCAGAAACUUAUCAUUGUAGAAGGCUGCCAGAGACAGGGUGCCAUCGUGGCUGUGACAGGCGAUGGUGUGAAUGACUCUCCUGCCCUGAAGAAGGCUGACAUCGGCGUUGCCAUGGGAAUCUCCGGCUCAGAUGUGUCCAAACAGGCUGCAGACAUGAUCCUGCUGGAUGACAACUUUGCCUCCAUUGUCACUGGAGUAGAAGAAGGCCGUCUGAUCUUUGACAACCUGAAAAAGUCCAUCGCAUACACUCUGACCAGCAACAUCCCAGAGAUCACCCCCUUCCUGUUCUUCAUCUUGGUCAACAUCCCACUGCCUCUGGGCACCAUCACUAUCCUCUGCAUCGACCUGGGAACUGACAUGGUACCAGCCAUCUCUCUUGCCUAUGAAGCAGCCGAGAGCGACAUCAUGAAGCGCCAGCCUAGAAACCCACUGAGGGACAAACUGGUCAACGAGAGACUCAUCAGCAUCGCCUAUGGACAGAUUGGUAUGAUCCAAGCUCUUGGUGGAUUCUUCGCCUAUUUCGUCAUCAUGGCUGAAAAUGGUUUCCUGCCAUCUCAGCUUGUUGGUAUCCGGCUCAACUGGGACGACCGCUCCACCAACGACCUGGAGGACAGCUACGGGCAGCAAUGGACCUAUGAGCAGCGUAAGAUUGUGGAGUUCACUUGCCAUACAGCCUUCUUCGUCAGUAUUGUGGUGGUGCAGUGGGCAGAUGUCAUCAUCUGCAAGACCAGACGUAACUCUGUGUUCCAGCAGGGCAUGAAGAAUAAGAUUUUGAUCUUUGGCCUGUUUGAGGAAACAGCUCUGGCUGCCUUCCUGUCCUAUUGCCCUGGCAUGGACCUGGCACUACGGAUGUACCCACUCAAGCCCAGUUGGUGGUUCUGUGCGUUCCCGUACAGUUUCCUCAUCUUUGUUUAUGAUGAGAUCCGAAAACUCAUCCUUCGCCGAAAUCCUGGAGGCUGGGUGGAGAAAGAGACAUACUAUUAAAUUAUCAAAGCAUCAUUUACUUCUCACCCCAUUCUCCCCUGAACUCAUCCCUUCUUCUCUAUCUCCCUCUCUCUUACUCUCUCCUCCUUCCCCUCCAUCCAUCCCUUCUCCCCUGUCAACAUACUCAAACUGUUCAAGAAAAUGUUUACUCUUCCCCUUUCCUCCUCCUCCUCCUCCUCUCCAUCCUCAUCCCCUAAAGAAACAAAAAAUCAAGCGCCAAGACAACGCAAGGACCAACGACAGAGGAGGAGAGGAUGGGGGAGGAGGUGGGUUUGUGAAUCUUCCCUGUCCUCUCUGUCCCUCUGUCCCUUUUUUUUCUAUCCAAAGUCUAUACAGCACUAGUCUGCCAGUAACACUGUUGUGCCGAUGCUUCUUACUGCACUGUUAACUGCAGCCACUCUUCAUAUGUGUACUCAAACUACACCGCUGUGUAGAACUGAAUAAAGAAUACAGUUGCAAGAAUAAAGACAAAAUUCUGACUGUUCCACUGCGAUCACUCUUGCCAAGCAGAAUAACAACAUGGCAGCUCCUGUCUAGGCUCCCAACUGGCGAUCUGAGCGGGUCGGUGGCGUCUUUUUUUGUUUUUUCUUGCCAGAGAUAAGCCACCCCGAUCCAGCUCCUUAAUCACUGCCAUUUCCUGCCAUUCGCCAACUUCCUACCCUCCUUUUUUUCUCUUUCUAUUUCUAUGUACUCACUGCCAAUCUUCUACUGCCGUUCUCGCCCCUCCUGUUCCUCCUCCACCAUCAAUAAAGAAUCAGUCUCACCAUAAAACUUCAGCACUCACUCACGCCCUCAACAGGGUGGAAAAAUUGUCACUUCCUCUGACUCCUUCCCUCCCUCCUUCCCUCCUCCUCCUCCCCAUGUGUUAUUUUCUGCUUGUGUUGUUGUUGUUUUUUAAUAGACGACUGGGUGUUUUUUAAAAAACAAAAUUGUUCGUAUAAAUUUUAUGUUUUCUUUUUUUUUUUUAAAUUCGGAGUGGGUCUGAGAGCUGCUUGUUUUCAUUUGGACAUGACAAAGCACACUGUCUCUCUCUCUCCUUCCUCUCUUCUUUCUCUCUCACACUCCUCCUUUACCCCCCCCCCACCCUUGCCUGUCUAUCUGUCCCUGUUUGUCUGUCUGUUUGUGAACACCGUGCAAACCCUCCGUCCUUGUAAACUUCCACCCACUUUCACCACCUCUGACUCUCUGACUCUCCCACCCUCCCACCCGCCCCUGCCCGUGCCCCCAACCCAACCUCACCCGUAAAAAAAAAAUACAAUCUUUCUGUGUCCUCGGAAAAAGAGAUUUCUCUCCGAUUUCAUUAUUUAAAUAAAUCAGUGGAAAUAUGGAAUAAGGCACUGUACCUUAACUUGCGAAACAGCAGCAAAAAAAAAGAAAAAAAGAAAAUGAAAUAAAAUAGAAGGAUCUCUCUUUUUUCA